AUGUCCAAUCUCUACCAGGCCAGUCAGGUGUCCGAGUUACGGAGACUGACUGAGAAGCCGCCGGAGAUCUCGAUAAAGGAGCGACUACUGGUGAGUCUACUGGAGAACUAUCGUCGAUAUGAGCGGCCAACGGAGGGUCUUCAAACACCAACCAUUGUUAACGUGGCCAUCAAGAUACUGGCGAUUACUUCGGUGGACGUGAUAAAUAUGCAGUAUACUGCGGACAUGAUACUAGUGCAGACCUGGACAGACCCUCGGCUGCGAUGGGAGAACAAUGUCGAGUUCGGAGGCUUCAGGGAUAACUUGCUGUUGACGGCGAAGCACGAUGAACUCUGGAUUCCUGAUCUCUUCUUCCGCAAUGGCAAGGAGGGUUUCAUGUAUAGAAUGACGAUGCCUAACUAUAUGAUUAGAGUCAGUCCCAGUGGCCGUGUAAUCUACAGUCAAAAGAUCACCAUGAAUUUGGCCUGUCAGAUGUACCUGCGCAACUUUCCCAUGGAUCGCCAGUACUGUGACAUGGACAUUGGGAGUUAUGGCUACACGAUCGAUCAACUGAAGUUCGUGUGGGAUGAAGAUAAGCCGCUGACAUUUGCCGACGAUAUGCAAAUCUCGGAGUUCAAUACACCAACUGAGACUAUAACAGAGAUCGAGGCGGACUGGCCUCUACCGGAUGCUGCUGCUGUUGUUUGA